GCCAUCUUUAAAAAUCCUAAAAAAGGGAUUUCUCUUUGACUAUAACCUUCCAAAACUUUCUAAACUGUAAACAAACGCAAUCGUGAAACCAGCACGUCAACCUGUUCUAACAAUUAAAAAGAAACAAAAUAAAAAUUUCCAUUGUUUCAAAAUUUCGUGUGUGGUUAACUUUUUAACAGCGAAUAACAGAAUUACGAAUACAAGAAAUACAGAAAUAAGCCAAAUAACAAUUUCACUACAUUAAUUAUCACACCCUCAAACCUAUUAUAAUAAUAAUAAUAUAUAAUAAUUAUUUAUAUAAUGCAUUGAUGUGAUAAAUACAUACUCCUUAAUAUUACAAGUUUUUUUUAUUUACAUUUAACAACUUUCCUUGCGGCAAUAUUCCCAAUAUAAUUCUAUCUAUCGAAUCUUGAUCAUGAUAUCUUUUACUUUUAUCAGUAAGAACAAUGAACAUCGUGAUUUGUUAAUGUCUAUAAAAAAAAACAUUACAACUUUAAUUUCAUUUUCAAAUUACUUAAAAACACACCUUGUAUUUCUAAUUUUGGUAUUCAUAAAAGAUUAUUUAGGUAUUACGAUAUUUAAGCCAAUAAAUUUAUAUCACGCUCUUUUAUUCCUAUUUCUUCUCUUAAUCCCCUGAUUCUAAACGUCAAAAAGUGAUCUAAACUUGAAAGUUUUCCAGUUAGCUGAUACACAAAUAUCGGCAUGAUCAUCAUAAACAAAAGCGCAGGGUCUAAUAAAAAAAAAAAAAAAAAAAAAAA